AUGACCAAGAAUAGGGACCUAUGGGAGCAGACAUUUCAACAGGUAAUUAGAGAGAAGAAACCUCAACACAGACAGACGCUAGAGGUGGACAGUGACCUUGAAGUCAAAAGUGUACAGUGGGGGUGGAGACAAUACAAGCAUAAAAGCCUUGCAAGGUCAGUGGGGAGCCAUGGACAGGGACCCCUGGGACCCCUGUGGGUGUUACCUGUGGGUGCUUUGUCUGGGACAGAAUGGGUUUCAGCGCUCCUUGUGUGGAAGCAGCUGGGUCUCGACCCAGGUGCUGAUUCUCUUCCGUGCCUGCAGGAACCCUACGGCCAGGUCGAGAUGAGGGUCUUUGCUCAGCGUUGCCAGAAGUGCAGCACGGCCCUAUUUGAGGAGCCCGAGUUCAGCCAGGAGGGCAUCGAGAGGGUCCUGGGGUGUCUGGUGGUGUGGAUUCUGCUGAGGUGCUACAGGGAAAGUGUGCCCCUUGGGGCCACCCGAGAGGACCCUUUCAGAGCGGCCCUUCCCAGUGGGCCUCGUGACACUGAGAAUUGCGAGGCGUGUUAG